GACGAGCUGAGACUGCUUUGCCGGCAGACCAAACAAGAUGGCUGACAAGGGAAAGCACGCCGUUAUUUCCUCUUCGACAAAUUUAUCAGAACUGAGCGUUACAGAGCUCCGAAAAGAACUAGAAAAAAGAAAGCUCCCCAAGGGUGGAACCAAGGCAAAGUUGAUCCAAAGAUUGAGUGAGGUUUUGAAAACUGAGGAAGAAAACAUUACAGAAGAUGCCUCAGCUGCAGAAGAGGUGUCUGAAGAGCAGCUGCUAGGAGAGGAUAAAGCUGGAGGUGAUAUGUCACCAGUCACAGAUGACGUGCUGAAUGAAUCUGAUCAUGAGGGAGAGAAAGAAACAGAAGCUAAGGAUUCAGCUAAAGGAGAGCCAGCGAAAGAGGAAGAUGAAAAAAUGGAUACUACCGAAAAUGGAACAAAAGAGGCUGAAGAUAAAGGAUCUGAUGAAGUGCCAACAGAACAAGAAAAAGCUGAGGCAGAAAAGGCCAAUUCUGCUAAAAAGGCAGCAGAUCAGAAGAAAGAAAAAGAUGAGGAAAAAUCAGAUAUAGUGACACCAACAAGGAGGACAAUGAAUUUAGAUCUGCGUGAACAUCGCCGAAUGUGCACUGUCCUGGUAGGCCCAGUGCUGAUUGAGGAAAUGGCUAAGCCAGAAGUGUUAUCACUGAUGAAAGAUGCACAACUCUCUGUGAACAGGUUCUACAAAAUAGAUGGAAAAGAUUUAGGGGUUAUUGAGUGCAUAUACAAAUCCUUUGCGGAGGCAGCAGAAUAUGUGGAGAAGUUCAAUGAGUUGAGUUGGGAUGAAGAUAACUGUGAGGUUCAGCAUGCUGCAGAACAUACCACCGGGAACCCAAAAGACCCUUUCCAUGAUAUUCCUUGGCCUAAUGCAUUUGUCAACAAGCACCUGCAGCCUCUGACUAAGUUGAAAGCCAACCAAAUGCAGCUGCAUGAUGUUAGUAUGAAACUUACGCCUCAGAUGAUUUAUGUUCACGACAGCCCAUUGGAUAGUACAGAAGAGCAGGUGCGAGAAGCAUUCAGCAAUGUAUUGCAGGUCAUCAUACCUGUAGACAACAAAGGAACACAGAAAGGGUACCUGUAUAUGGCAUUUGAUUCUGAGGCCGAGGCGCAGUGCGUGUUAGAAGAUGAGGGUAUGGGAAAAAAGUACAAGAUAAAUGGAAAAGAUGUCACAGUCCAUGGUGUUGAAAUUGACCCUAAGAUGAAGAAGCCAUUUAAUGCCAAGGCCUCCAAGAAUCGAGAUCCAACAACAGAGAAGGAGAAAAUGGCCAAGCAGAUACAAGGACAGUCCAAGUCAAUUCAAAAAUUGAAAUUUGAGUUGGAACAACUGAAAGGAACUCCAAGGGGAAAGAUGAUGCAACGUCGACAACAACUAGAACAGCAGUUUCAGUCUCCGAGAACACAGCAACAGCAGCGUAAAGGUUUUCAGAUGCAAGGUCGUCAAAACAACUGGCAAGAAGUGAAGAGUCCUGGAACCAUGGGGCAGAGACCAAUGGGACAAAAACCAAUGGGACAAAGGCCAAUGGCACAAAGACCAAUGGCACAAAGACCAAUGGGGCAAAGACCAAUGGGACAGAGGGAUGAACAAAGGCCUAAUCGUUUUAAUCCCCAAAGAGCACCUGUGCAGUCUCUCAUGCACAACAUGCCUCCUGAUACUGGGCCUGGGCCAGCUGGUGGAGAAUCUGGAAAUGUAGCUGCCAAUAUCUUGGUGGGCCUCAGUAGAAUGUUGAAUCAACAGAUGCAGAACCAAGGCAGAAGUGGUAGAAAUAUGGGUGAUGGAAUGGGUGGAGGAAUGGGAAAUGAAAUGGAAGGUAGAAUGAACAGGUCCAGCGGAAUGGGAAGUGGCAUGGGAAGUGGUGCAGGCGGAAGAAUGGGUGGCAGAAUGGACAGUGGUAUGGGUGGCAGAAUGGACAGUGGUAUGGGUGGCAGAAUGGACAGUGGUAUGGGUGGUGGAAUGGGAGGAGGGAUGAGAGAGGGCAUGGGCAAUGGGGUGGGAAGCAUGGGCAGUGGAAUGGGAGGGAGAAUGGGCAGUGGAAUGGGAGGGAGAAUGGGCAGUGGUAUGGGAGGAGGAAUUGGCAGUGGCAUGGGAGGAGGAAUGGGCAGUGGAUUGGGAGGAGGCAUGGGUAGUGGUAUGGGAGGAGGGCUUGGUAGUGGUAUGAGAGGGGGAAUGGGCAGUAGCAUGGGAGGAGGAAUGGGCAGUGGCAUGGGAGGAGGAAUGGGCAGUGGCAUGGGAGGAGGAAUGGGCAGUGGCAUGGGAGGCAGAAUGGGUGGAGGCAUGGGAAGUGGAAUGGGAGGCGAAUUUGGCUCUGGUGGAAGAGCUGGAGCUGGAGGCGGCAGAGAUGAUUAUGGUGUUCAAAGUGACUAUAAUAAAUUUGAUUCUUAUCAUGGCGGUUACUAUGACAACUCUGUAGAUGAUCCCUACAUGCCUGGAGAUAACAACUGGAACAGAAAACGCCAAGGUCAAGGCUUUAUGCAUGGGAAGAAUAAGAGAAGGAGAUAAAGUACUUAGAUACUAUGCAAUGAAGAAGUGAAGGACUGUAAUCAUAUUAUGUACACUGUGUUUCCAUGAAAAAGAGGGAGAUAAUUUGAAAUAAGACAAAGAAUCAUGGAGUUGUAGAAACCUCCAACAAAUUUAACUGGUCUGUAUGUGGAUUCAUAGGACAAAGAAUCAUAAGGAAAGUUGUAGAGACCUCUAACAUUUGUGACUGCUCUGCACGUGCAUUCCUGGCCACCACAUAUUACUUAUUUUAACAUUUUGAAGCCUGUACCUUACUUUUACAGAAUAACAAUUUGUAAUUUCUUUCAAGCCUGCGCGUUCAAAAUAUAGGUUAGUGUGAAAGUGUAAAUAUUUUUAUGGGAUAUGGAGAGAAGUUGAGGGAUAUUCGAAAGUUCAAGUGUUCAUUGUCUAAUGUAGAAAAUAAACCUUUUUAAACUAAAA